AGCUGAUGAAUGGCAGCAUCUCCAUCACCUCUGAAGGCUUGGACAAAGGCAGUACGUGCCGCUUCUAUGUGCGAGUCUCGGUUGUCUCCGAGAUGGAGCAAGUUCAUAUGAUCCUGUCACCAAAGGCCCCGGGAGAUAAUUUCCAUAGCUUGAAGGUAUUUGAGUCCCUUCUAACUCGGACAUUCUUCAAUGACCGUGCGGGCUUUCAGAUCCUGGCUGUGGACGACAAUGCCGUCAACAGGACAGUGAUUCGCAGGCUGCUUAACAAUCUUGGAUGCAAAUCGACUGUGGUGGAAUCCGGGGAAACUUGCCUCAAAACUCUUGCGGCAGAAGGAGCUUCGGCGUAUAGCAUUGUCCUCGUCGACUUGUGCAUGCCAGAGAUGGACGGAUACGAACUAACAGCAGAGAUCCAGAAGCUAUAUCCAAGAGAAGGGCUUCACAUUGUGGCUUUGACUGCAAACACCGACGAUAGCACCCGCGAGAAGUGUUUGAGCCUGGGAAUGAAGGCCGUGCUCACCAAGCCAGUAUCUCUGAAGGCACUAAGGAACGAGCUCAAGAGGAUUUUGUGAGCU